UUUUGUUGCCAGUCACGGUCAAGUGUACCAUUACUUCCGCCUUCUACUCCCACUCCCUCUCCUCCUCCCUCCCCAAUGACCGCCACAAGCAAGCCCCCCUACCUCCACUCCGCAUCAGCUCUCAUAAAAACUCUCAGGACCCCCGGAGACACCCCUGAACAAGCUGGCCUCACCAAGGUCCAAGUCGCCCUUAAGGCAUGGUCAGCUACAGACCUGAAUAUCCCUCGAAAGGCCGAGAUAUUACGAGACUGGGUGCUUGAGGCGUGGACCAGGGCAAAGCCCGACGACAAAAACAAUGCUCUUGUACAGCUAGACUAUCACAGUUUACUGCUUCAAUUAGGUCAUUUUGAAAAACUCGGAGUGCCUCCACCACUUCAGAUACUCUCUUCUUUCUUCGCCACGCUGUCAAAAUCGGAUGAUCCCAGAUCGAAACUGGUCCUGUCAACUGCACCGGCAUCCUUUAGUGUCCUUUUCAAUCCCCAGGACUUGACUUAUAAGGCCGAGAACUGGGUAGAUGUCUGGACUAAUAUGCUUAAGUUGCUGUCGGGAGACUCUCUUCAAGAAUAUGAAGUGCAAGUAUCUAAUCUUGUAGAUCUGGUGGCAGCUGGUAUUCAACAUAGCCAGGCAUCGGGCACGAAUCCCAAAAAGAAUGCCCAAACUGCGAUAGGCUUCUUUGCGGACUACUGCCAGGCAUAUCUCGUUCAUCCAUCCCUUCGUUCGAGGCUUAACGAUGGUCUCGUUGCUCUGCUCUUUCACCCUACCACGCUUCAGACGUCGGAACCAUUUGGUUCCUUAUUUGCAACGAUAGAACCUAGCUUGGACCAAACCGCAACAGUCGAGGGCUGUCUUUUGGCUCUCCCUAGACUUUUCAACAGCCUUGUGUCCGUUUACCACCAAAACAACUUCGCGUUAUUCACACAAGCGUCAAGCAGCAGGAUCCCCCAUGAUGUCUUCGUGGCCUCGAAAGAGCGUGAUGCUGUUCGAAGAACUCUUGAAAAGACAAUGUCGUUUUUAGAUAGCGUUGAAUCCAAGCAUUCGCGUAUUGUCAACAAGGAGUCAUCCUCAUGGGUUGUUAAAACUUGGAUUUGGCAAAGCCGGGUAGCUGUCUGGCAGGCGUUGGUUGAGUGGGGAGGGUACAUGGAGCGCGAAGAACCUUGGGGACGAAUGGUGGACGCGACUGCUAGGAGGGCCGAAGCCGUUCUGUCAACUUACGCUACCGAUGGGUCUCUGGAGGCAAACGUCUUUUUGGGUACAAUCCUCGAAACAUUGGCGACACUUGAAAAACUUGACCAUGACCAGGCUAACAUUGGUCCAGAUGUUGUGAGAUGGUGCCUUGCUGCACCCUCCGAUCAGCAUACCGUUGCAACAAGAAUCCUGUCUUCUCUACUUCGUUUCCAUCAAUUAACUCACACGAUAUCAGCCUUUUUCACUCUUCUGCUGACAUCUUUGCGAGGUCUUUUCGACUCCUCUCUCCCCAAAGACAUAACCCAACCCCUCUAUCAACUCACUAUCAAGGGUCCCCUUGUUACUAAACAGUUUCGAGAAGAGCUAGUGGCUGCCUUGCGCACCGCUAAUCCUGGUAAGCGACGCAGUGCGCAUUGGAAUUUGGCAUUUGGAGAGCUCGCUCGCGUCCUUCAAGAACAUGUGGUCUCCGAGCCGGAGCCAGAGGCAAAGUCAAAAAAGAGAAAGGCUCCGCACGAUCCGUCCUCAAGUUCCGCUGCCCUUGUCGGAAUACAUAGUCGUUUGCUUUCUAAUUGUCUAGAAGCUGCACUUGAGACUACUUACGAUGGGGAGCCGUCAAAUGACGCCUUGAGCAAUUCUUUGCCUUUCCUGGAAGACUGGUCCAACACCCCCCUAGAAAUGUCAAAACUUCAUAAGAAGGGCGGCAGUGACGUGGGUGUCGUCUGGCAAGUGGCAGUAAUGGCAGCAGGUAGAUUACGGGUAAUUAGAUGCGCGGAAAAGUUGUUGAGGAGACAGCUGGGGAAAGACGAAGAUCUCUCUGAGGUUUUGGGACGGAGUACGUGCCCUGAUGAGUUAAAGUUGGAGUUGGUACGAUUCAUGUACCACCGCGGGGCCUUGCGUCUCCAAACUCACAAGGCACUGCCCGACUCCUUCUCAUCUGAGUUUGAUGCAGUGCUCUCACUUUUGGAGUCUGAUUUGAAAGGUCAAGAUGUUACUUCUAAUGCACUCUGGCAAGUCGUCAUAGAACAGGGUCUAGUGAUAACUGACUUGGGCGGUUCAGCCUCUCAAAUGUCACGUUUGGCAAGUAUAUGUGUCAAGGCCUUGGCUUCAUACCCCUUUAUUCGCAAUCUGUUUGCUUCCGCAGAACUCUGGGAGCUUCGUCGACUUCGUGGUGCUUUCCAAGAAAUCAUCCUCCAGGUAGUUUCCUCCGAUCCGGCGUCUCUGAUCCCAUUCCUCUCGGCUUGCCCUCCAGGUCAUUUGGGUCGGAAAGCUCGUAACUCGGCAAUUGAAGCACUCUACGCUCAGAAGAACUUAGAGCAAUCUCUUGAGUGGUUGAGUCGAAUGGCUGUGGAAAGCGAGAGUUUUGGACCCUUGACACAGAAUGCAGAUGUGCUUGUGAAACUUGCAAAAAUCGCAGGGAAGCAGAUUGAAGGGCGUUCGCCUGCUUUAGUCCUUUGGAAGAAGGCUAUCAGCCACCUGUGUAGCUCGCCGUCACAGUACGAAGAUCUUUUGAUAAAAGUCCUAGAGCAUUACCUCAAACUUAUCAGGAAGGUGAAGAAAGGAAAGUCUGAAAAUUCAGAGACCGAUAUCCAGGCCAUUGCCGUUUUUUGUCGAGAAGCUAUGGUUCAUAAGUUUGAAAGCUUCCCAGACACCGUAGGAAAAGAGUUGACUGAUCUCUCAGACAAAGUUGCUUCCUGUGUGCAACCUUUGCUAAAUGGGCAUGGCAGAGAUCUCGCCCGCCUUGGUGCCAUUGUCGAGGUGUAUAAUACUGUUAUGGGCUUCAGCAACUGGGUUGGGGCGCCAGCAAAGCGCUCCGGUCUUGGCAUGAAGCUUGCCGCCACAGUAUUGAUGGAGGGUCAAAGAUGCAAAAAUGAACUGGAUGCCGAAAGGGCAUCAAAGGCAAUUUUGGAGGUAGUGGGCGAGGAGCCGAACAGUAUCGAGGAAAAGCUAGCAGUGGUCAUCAUGUUCUACUUGACAUUCCCUAAAGCUGGGCUUGAUGAGACGGUCCAAAGGGUCUUCCGCGGCAAAAUCGAGGAUGCUACUAAAACAUGUAUAAAGUUAGUUUCAGCCAAGUCAUCGAGGCAGAAUGCUGUAAUGUCUGUCCUGAAAGUUGUGGCGACGUCUUGCACUAAACCCGAACUUGUGAGGCAGGCCUUGCAUGAAGGUCUCCUUGCCGGCUCUGGAGAUGAUGACUCCGUUCGUUUUGUAAGAGCCAUCGUUGAAGACAAGGUCACUAUGCUUCAAACAGACGACGUUCUUCUCAUACUGUCAACUCUCUAUCACGCCCUUUUCCUGUCUCUCUCUUCAUCAACCUUUAAUUGCAUACUUGAAAGCAUUACCAUCAUUAACCGCCGUCGACCCGAACUCAUCUUUGCUACUCUUCCUCAACUUGUGCAGCUCAUCUGUUACGUUUUCCCCAGAUUUCAAGUCCCUCGUACGACCAUGCUUUUUGGUCAACCUUCAUCAACUACCAGCCUUGCCGAGGAGGAUGCCAAGUCGUUUUCUAGAUUGCUCGUAUCACUUGCUCAAAGUAAGCCUGCGAAAUCGAAGAUUCACGAACCGAGUCCCUUGGCAAAGCAUGUUCCAGCCAUUCUCGUCGCUUACAUCCGUGCAUGUGCCGAUCCUUCUCUUGGAUUCACAACGGCAGUGAGGAAAGAUCUCGAACCAGGACUGCAUGCUCUUUGUAACUUGACUACUGCCGGUGGGCGAGCCAAUGCUCGAGGAAGAGAAGGUGAAGGUCUUGGGACACCCUUUGGUCUAGGAGAAGGCCCUGGCGGCGAUGGAGAGAAGGAACUUUGGGCCGAAUUAUGGCUCGGAUGGAGCAAAGGAAGGUACAUGGGUCAAGGGUAAAAUGCAUGCGUGAUGUUUGUCAUCAUAAAUCAUACAGAUAAUAGUGUAGAAAAACAGAAAGAGCGUCUUAAUUCGAAAAACCGGGGCACGAAACUGAUUGGAGUGAGGGAUAUUAUGAACAUUUGAAAUACGGAUUACUCGAU